UAGGCUUCUGACUGUUUUCGUUCCUUUCUCUCGCUUCUCCCCUCCCUUAAUCGAACACCUCCUCCUUCCAUGGGUCAGAUUGACCUGGAACGGUGUCCGAAUUGCGUAACAUUCAUCAUCACUCACUGCCUCCUGGUCUUUCACCACUACCACCACCACCACAACAACAACAUUUAAUUCCGUCAGCCUCGCUGGUUUUGGCCCGUUUCUUAUUCUUCUUUCGUCGCCAUUACUGUACCAUGUCCCUCUUAAUUGAGACUCUGCCUCGUUCGUGACCGAUCUGCGCUGCCAUUGUUCGUAUGCGGAAGAAUGCACAUCGCCCGCUCUUAGCAGGUCCCCUCAAUUGACGAGCACCCACCACUUCACCUUAUUCCGUCCGAAAUGGAUAUCAUGUCGAAUGGGCCGGCAGCCCUUGCGCCUGCCGCGGCCUCGGGCUCCGACCUUCAUUCCACCGUUAGUUCGACCGGUGUAACGCUGGCAGGGACGUCGACCUCCUCUCUCGCCUCCCUCAACGACUACUCCAACUUCCCUUUGAUCCGUCAUGGCGAUCGCACAUAUCUUAGAGAUCCGGACAACCAGUACCCUCUUCCCUGCGAUCUUCCCGAGAUACACCGACAGACCUUGCGCUCUCUCAUGCUUAUGCGCGUCUUUGGAGGACCCUUCUGCAAUCCGCACUUGGCCGAUCGCGCCCCGAAGCGAGUCUUGGAUCUUGCCUGUGGUUCAGGGCUGUGGUCCAGCCUGUGCCAUGACUAUUUCGCCCGUCGCGGCCAUCGCACCGUCUCUUUCAACGGUAUCGACAUCGUCUCCGUCGCACCCGAUCUCCGCAAAAAGGGUGUGAACUGGCAAUUCAAACGUCACGACCUACGCAAGCCUCGCCUGCCGUUCCCCGACGACUAUUUCGAUUUCGUUUUUAUCAAGGAUGCUGGUAUGUGUCCUUCGAGCCCGGCCCAGCAGGCCUCCGGGUUAAGCGAGCCGUUGCGCGUCCUCAAGUCCGGGGGCAUCUUAGAAGUCUGGGAUUCCGAUUGGGUAUUCCGGUCCUUGCUGCCCAAUCCUGCGCCUGCUCGCAAGUUGGCAUCGAGAGAACAAGAGACCGCCGAUGCGACCGCGACGUACACCUUCUCGUCUGCCACCCCCUUCACGCGGGCCCAAAACAAGUUUCUCCAAGACUACAACGCUUGGCUUGAGAAAGCAUUCGACCAUCGCAAACUGACUGCCCUACCAUGCGCCACAAUGGGAUUGUCCUUCAAUGCGGAGGUGGACGUCCUCGAGAAGGUCGAUAGUCGUCGCAUUGCCAUUCCGUUGGGCGAACUACGCUGGGAACGAGAGGGAUACGGGAAGGAAACAAGCGGUGGCACUCGAAGACAAUUGACGGCCGAUCAGUUGUCCAUCCGGCGCACUGCGCUUCUGACGGUCAUUCAAAUGAUCGAAGGCAUGGAGCACAUUCUUAUGGAGGCCAGUGGGAAGAGCAAGGACGAAUGGGAUCGCUGGUGGGCAGCUAUGAUGACCGACUUGUUCCAAAAGGAUGGCCUCGCGAAUGGGGAGUGUCUGGAGGUAAGUGCUUGGUGGGGUCGAAAGAGAUAGGCUCCUUUGCCGGCGGUCAAGAUCGUGAACUCGACGUUUGGUGUUCAGGCGAAUAAGAGGGAAGGAAAAAGAAAAAAGCCGUGACCAUUGCUCUUCUCAUAUUGGUGAUACCCCCACAUUUCUCUUUUUUGGUUUCAAUUUGCCAUAAUACUCAUUUCAUUUCUGUGUAAUAUCUUUUCUGGCGUGUGUUGGAUGCGGGUUAUCGUUCAUAUCUUGGUGGCGGAGAUUAUUUGUUUUCAUAACGCUGUUUCAACGUGCGAUACCGCUUGAGGUAGUACCUGUGUGCUUCCAUCAGUAUCGCUGUUGACGGUGCCCGCAUAUAUGUAUAAGUUUAUGACAUCACGAUAU